GAUUUGCGCCGUCAAGGUCGUUUGGUUCAUUGAUACGGUUUCCCACUUCAAUGUUCUCUUCAAAAAAGGUUUUGUAGCUAAUGAGAUUUCAGUGAUUAGGAUCCGAUAACAGAUUUGUGGGACACAUUUUCUUUUGCUGAACGUUACUGCCACGUACAAGCCCUCUAUGCAAUAGCAUGAGGGUUGCUAAACAGUAUGAAGAAUGAGAACUAUGAUUUGCAGUUGGUUAGGGUUAGGACUUAGAUCUAGGGUUUUCAUCACAAGAUGAUGUCAUCUAAAGUGUCGAAGCGUUAUUUAACCAAAUGGAUGAAUCAAUGUCGCACGAAAAUCCGAGUCUUGUUAUCUUAUGUCUAAUUGGUUUGUCCAUAAAUUAUAGUCUCAUCGCAUUAAAUGCGCUCUUCACAAGCUAAAUCUAGAAAGAUCGAUGUUCUUUCGGAAACUAGACAUUUUCGGAAUCAUGCUAUUCCACUCCCUCCUUUCUAUGCUGUUCCACUGUCUUUCAAAGAUCAAAAUGCUGGUUCAUUGUUGGUACAUCACUUACUGUUCGUCAGUACUAGAGAAAGUUGGAGGAAAACUGUUUUACGUCUUUAUAACCAAAAGUUUUGGUGCACUCAGAAAUAGGGAGGAUUUUUGUUUCAACAAUCACUUCCAUGCAUCGGUUAGUAAAGUGAACAGGUAAAACUCCCAUAAAGCACCGAUUUAUUUUCCAUUUGAGCCUCAUUGCAGGAAGUCAAAUCAUAAAGGCCAUACAUUACACUUUCUCAAGCUACUCAUUCAAAGGAAAAUUUUAGAGAUACUGCAUUGAACACAUUAAGAAAACAAAAUCGACAGUAUUUUCAGCAUAACACCAACGAUUCAGAAAAAGUUAUGGGACAUAUGUACUAGUUCUUUGUCGUUUCCUCUUACCUAUUACGUGGACCUAUUAAACCUGACUUUUAAGCUCCUGCGGGGUCUAAAGAACUGGACAACUCAUGGGGUGGUGCUUUCAGGGCGUUUGUUUUCGAAUGCUAAUAACCUACGAAUAUAUUCAAUCCUCGAAGACUACAUGUUACAGCCAUAAAUUAGCAUAGAACAAACUGCUGAUCAUUAAGAUUUUUUAGGAUUUUCUGUGUGUUCUAAUUUACAGUUCGUUAGUGAAUUCAAAAAGAUUUUCUUACGGACUGUAAUGUUUUGAAUGUCUUAACAGGUAUGAUAAAAUACUCAAAGUAUGUCGCAACUUGCACUUGACAUUUAGAAAUUGACUCCAAUCGGGAUAUAAAUAAGGCAUGUUUUAGAUGAUUUUAUCGUUUCUCUCUGAAGCGAUACAUUAGAUACUGUGGGUGAGUAACGUAUUGAAAUUUCCUUCAUAUCAAAGUAAACCAGUCUAAAUAGGACUAAAGAUUUAAGGAGUAUUUGGGACUAUCAUUUUAGUGGCUAAGAAUUGUUGUUAGGUGAUACUUAAGCUCAGCCUAUAUAUCUUCGUGACUGUACUGGAUAUUGUGGGUUUUUUUUUGUUACGUGACCUGAAGAAUUGUUUCAAAACCUGUCACGCAGUUGCUUCAAGCAUUUGUAAAGAACACUUCUUACCUUGCUCUUUCGUAUGGUACUCGUAUUUUUGCUGUCUUUUCUUCUAUUUCUACAUUUAACGUCAUACAACUUUUGGCUCUACCUAAAAUAUUUGAUUAAUCUAAACGACUCCACCAUAAUCAGCAAAGCGAAUCAAUGUAGGGGGCUUUAGGUCACUAUAUUAUGGUAGGAUAUAUUUUACUUUCUCUUUGUAGUUUCCAAACUCACCUCCUUUUGUUGUUUUCAUAAUAGGAUGGAUGUUCAUUGUGAAAUGAAUCAAGAAGUCGAUUCCAAUUAUCCGAAUUCCUACUCUAAAGAAGUUGAGGAAGCGCUUUCCCGGCUUAAUUUAAAAUCAGACAGUUUAGAUGAUCCUGAUUUUAAUGUUAUUUCUUAUAUUAAUGAGAGAUUUCCCAGCGAACAGUCACUGGCAAAUAUAGAUGAGUUGAUAGCUGAAGCGGAAGGAAAAAUUCGCGAACUAGACGAUGAGACUAGAGACCUACUACGUGGUCGCUGGCAAACAGAGGAUAAAGGACAAGAGAUUGUUCAGGAUGCAAAGGAUAUGAUAAAAGUACUAUUCUCUAGAAUACAGGAUGUUCAAGAUCGAGCUACUAGAUCAGAAGAAAUGGUACAAGACAUCACUCGGGAUAUACAGCAACUUGAUCAAGCUAAGCGUAACCUAACUGUUUCCAUAACUGCCCUCAAUAAUUUAAUUCUUAUCGUGAACACCAUUGAUCGUCUGAACGAAUUACUUGGAAUACAAAGUUCAGUGAAUGAUCCAAUGUUUUUUGCGAAGAGCAAUGACACAAAUGCCAGUGCUCAGAAUCCAUUUUUAGAAGUUGACUCUGAAUCCUGGAUGAAUGAAAACCAUCCACCUGAAAAAACAAAGUUUCAAAGAUUUGUACCGUCCUUUUUGGCCGAAAUAUCAAAUUUAUUAGCUCAAGUUCAACGCUUAUUACAACCUAUGCUGUCAGCCUAUGGUUCAGUGUCAUCUGUGGCUGGAUUAUCUCGAGAAUUGGAUUCCAUUCAUUCAGUCCUUGCAGAUCGUUUGACUAAGGAACUCAAACUGUUACUAGCAGCUACUCGAACAGUUACAGAUAACAAGGAACUGAUUUUAUCAGCCUGUGAACUAGUUGACUUACUCCCUAAGAGUUUUCAUCUCGAUUCGGAUAUUGUAAAUUGGUUUAUCUCUCAUCAUCUAACUGAGUAUAAGGAGCUAUUCGAUCCAACACAGACUACUGCUUGGUUGGAUAAAAUCGAUCAGCGAUACAACUGGUUAAGAAUUAAUUUGGUCCCCUUAGAACGUUUAUUUAUUUCAGUGUUUCCUCCCUCUUGGCUGGUGACUGAAAGAUUUGUUUUGGAGUUUUGUCAUAUUACACGUGGUGGCUUAGAAACUGUUAUGAAACGACGUCAGUCGGAACUUACCCAUAAUCUUAUUGUUUUCGCAUUGCAACGCACCUUAUCCUUCGAGGCCAGUUUGAAUAAAGCAUAUACGUCUGAAGCGCUAGAAGAAUUACAAUCUAUGAUAGUUAGCGGUAAGAGUAUGGAGCGUUCAUCUAAUCCAUUUGAUGAUAAUGAGGAUGAGGAAGAUGGUUUAGAUGAUGCACAAUCUAAAAGUCCUGCAGAGGCUAAGGAUGAUUCAUCAACAAAUGAUUCUAAACACAAUUGGAAAAAGCAAAUUUUUGAUGGAAUUAUAUCUGGCUGUUUCGACCAAUUCUUUGACCUCUAUUUGGUUCAUUUGGAUAAAGGUCUGAGAGAACAAAUGACAAAUCGUUUGAUUGGUGAUUUCACUGUUAAUAAAUCAAGUUUUGAGAACAGGGAUCUUGGAGAUGUAUUCAGAGAUGACAAUCCAUUUGACACUGUACAAAUCAAACCAAAUCCCAAUGACCCUGGCGAGAAUACUCUAUAUUCUGCUACAGAUUUAUUCUUGUUCUAUAAACAAAUCUUGAAACAAACUCUCCAGUUGAAUCGGGGUCAUGGUUUGUUAGGACUUGUUCGUCUUUUAAGGCAGUAUUUGUCUGAAUACACGGUUCGUGUGCUCUUGGCUCAAAUUCCAGGCUUAGCGAUUACCAAUACUAGUGGAACUAACGUUGGCUUAUCUGCACCGGAUGUUGCAGCGAAAAUGGCGGCAUUCGGUUUAAGCAGUCUCUCAGCUCUUGGACUUGGUCGUGGUCAAACGGGACUCAGUGCAGCUCUAGAAAAUAUUAGGACACAAACAAAAUAUAGUUCUGCGCAAUCUGAUCUGAUAAGUUCAUCAAGCAACCAGGUGAUUAACAAUUUACUUCGUGAUGAUGUACAGGGAGUUCGACUGAGUAAGGAUGAUGUCUACAAGGUGUGUGUCAUACUCGUUACAGCAGCAUUUUGUCUGAAGACUGUUGAAGAUUUAGAAAAGCGUCUAAAACAUGAAAUCAGACCACCUAGCUGGAGUUCAAAAAUAUCAUUUGCUUCUGAACUUGAUGGUUUAGCAACUUGUAGAUCUGUUUGUGUCCACCGCCUGGUUGCCGACUUGGAAGCUGGUGUUGAACCUCAGCUAGUCGCUAUGGCACGUUUACCUUGGAAUAAUCUUGUACAAGUUGGGGACCAAAGCGCCUAUGUUACAGCCAUUGUAAAUCAUCUUCGCACUCAAAUUCCACUGAUACGAGAAACAUUGUACACCGUCAGGCCAGCUUUUACUCAAAUAUGUAUAAAAUUUGCUGAUGCAUUAAUUGCGAGAUUCGUUAAUGCCUUAUAUCGUUGCAAACCGGUCAAUACUUUUGGAGCCGAACAGCUUUUAUUGGAUACUCAAUCGUUAAAGGCUUCUCUUCUUCAAAUGCCUCUUCUUGGAGCUAAGUUUACUCAGACACCUCCCCGAAGCUUUACAAAUCUAGUUCAUGAAGGUAUGGGGAAGGCGGAACGUAUAAUCAAAGCAGUUAUGUUACCAGUCGGUGUCGCUACGCCAGGAAAGCAAGAGUCAACAACUCCUCCAAGUGGAUUUGUAAUGGGUCCAGUUGAUACAAAUGCAGCUAAUGUAUUUUUAGCUAGUUACGAACAAUUAUUACCUGAUCUAACUCAAACUGAUCUACAAAAUGUUUUGGAUAUGAAAGGUGUGAAAUUCAGUGAACAACAGUUGAUUUUAGAAAUAUUUCGUAGUAGAAAUGAAUUUAAGUCAGCGAUGAAAGAAAAAACACCUGAAGUAACGUUAUUUUGUUCUGUUGCAGAUACUGCUAUCACUGCUAGCACUUUUGUUAGUACUGCAAUUAGUAACGUAGCUUUGACAGGGAUAACGACAGUUACCGCGACCACCACUGCUCUUACGAGUUCCUUUGUAGCCACAUCGAACUCUCCAAAUAAUCAGCGUCAAAAAUCGAAGCAGUCUGUAUCGAUCUCAAUGAAUCCAUUCGAUUCAUCUCCACCAGUAGAAGAGCGGGAGCAAAUAACAGAUAGGAAAGGAAAAGUAGAAAAGUUAUUGAAUAAAAGACGAUAAGACUAUUACCAAAUUGUAAUUUUUGAAUGUUAAUUUUAAUGAAUAAUUAGUAUCUUCAUUGUUGCUUUAACUUCGUUUAUUUUUUUCUCAACUCGGUCGAGUUUAUUCUAUUCCUUCUCCAUUUUGCUAUGUUGAAACUUUCGCUUGUCAAAGUAACUUUUCUGUUGGUGUGUAUAAUUAACAUCUCUCUCUCCAUAUAUAUGCAUGAUUCAUUCAUACGACUAUAAUAAUAUAUACUACUAUUAUUGCCGGUUUAAAAACGUUGUACUUGGAUGUUUUUUUGUAUCUUACUUCCUUUUAUUAAUUGUUUUAUUACUUACUAUCUAUAUUGUGAUAAAAUGUUUGUAGGAAACUUUCUCUGUAUUUCUGUUUCUGUAACCUUAUGGUAUGAAUUGAAAUACCAGUUUGUUUUCUGACAAUUUUCUCAAGAAUAUCAUGAUACAUAUCUACUUAGUGCAUCAGUUUUUAUGGUACUGUUAAAUUGGUUACUAAUGUUUAUUUUACUGUGCUAAAUAAAAACCAACAUUAAAAGGUGAUUUUUGCUGGUCAUUCACUUAACCUCAUUUUAACCAAGUAAUUUAGGUGCGUUUCUCCUUUAUUUGCUUAAGUUGUAUCAACAUUGGUCUAUGUGAUUGUUCUACUUUGAAAUUUUGAGUAUCUAGAGCACUGGUUUCUUCACAUCUUGUAGAAUAUUUUCAUAUGUCCUGGUAAAUGUUGUCUAGUUUAAUAAUAACUAACUGGAAAACUAUGAAAUCAGGUGACACACCAUACUCCUGUUUGAAAAAGGAUACUUCGCACGACUAAUUCCCUUCGUUUUCACAGGUUAUAAGGUGAAAUCCGAAAUCUCUUAACCAGUAUAAAAAUGUGCUAUGUAGUUGUGUCAAUGACCUUUUAAAGUUGUAAAAAAAUUAUUUGAGGUGGUGAUUUCCAGCUGAUUUGUAUAAGCCAUCCUCCAAAUCGGUAACAAACAAAUAAACAUUCAUAGUAUUUC